AAAAUAAUCCAAACCGCUUCCCUUUCCCAGAUGCGCGUAGAGGCCAGUGACAAAGAUGUAGCACUUCCAGAACGCACAGAGCUCUCUCUGAAACUAAAAAUGGCGUUCGCUUAUCAGAAAGAGGUUUACUUCGUGGCUUAAAUCACUCCAUGUAUGACCAGGUGUGUAUAUUACUAUAUUUGCAAGUUUAGAAGUAUGGGUUAGGAAAGAGGAUGCUUCGUAUAUGGCAGUGAACUAUUGGUGUACUAUAGUUGGGGAAAGUUGUGAAGGAAGCAAUUGGACCAGACUAUGAUGUAAGAGCAGUCACGUCAUACUAUCAAUGAGCAGGAUGUUGAUUCUCAGAGGCUCGCCGUUUUUGGCUGGUAAAAUGUAAACAAGAACAAGCAGGGUAUCGUGAAUAAUCAGUUUUCACAGAUUCAGACCUUGAAGAGUGAUGCAGAUCCUGAUUGUGCUGUGCGGCUGAUCAAUAUAUAUUUGCUUGAUGUUGAAAGAAUGUUAUCAGAAUUGACAAGCCUCAGUGAUUUACCUGAUGUUGAUUUUUCCAAAUUGGCUACACUGGCUCGCAGUAUAGAGGAGAAAAGCUCAUUAGUUGGUGCGGAAAAUGUGAGAAGUGCAUGUGCUGAUCUCAUUCAGGCUUGCGAACGGAUGCACAAGCAAAAUUUCCUCCGAGCCCUAGGUUGGAUAAAGAAUGAAUUCGCUCAUACCCGAAACAAGUUGGACUCCUUUGUUCAGAUAUUGAUGCUAAACUACUGGACACAUUCUCAAAACUUGAAAAUGCACAAUUCUAUUUGUCAUUUUCGUUUUCCGAAGCAGUUCUUCAAAAACGAUUCUGUUAAAUGUUAUAAAACGAGCCCUAUUCUUCCCCCAGAUCGUGUUAGUGGUUUGAGAAUGGGGUUAUGGCAGCUGAACAAAGGGUAAAUAGGGGACAUUGCGCUUGAAAAAGCUUUGUAGCCUUGCAUGUUACGUUCAAUUUUUUCAA